ACUGGUGAAUUACCUGCUGGCUGGGAGAAGGCACUACCAACAUAUACACCAGAGUCUCCAGGCGAUGCCACAAGAAACUUAUCACAGCAAUGUCUCAACGCCCUAGCUAAAGUCGUCCCCGGCUUCCUCGGAGGAAGUGCUGACCUUGCAUCUUCCAACAUGACACUGCUAAAAGCCUUUGGUGACUUCCAAAAGGCAACACCCGAAGAGAGAAACCUUAGGUUUGGUGUUAGGGAGCACGGAAUGGGAGGCAUCUGCAACGGCAUUGCCCUUCACAGCCCUGGUCUCAUACCUUACUGUGCAACUUUCUUCGUCUUCACUGACUACAUGAGAGGCGCGAUGAGAAUCUCAGCUUUGUCUGAAGCUGGAGUCAUCUAUGUCAUGACUCAUGACUCCAUUGGUCUCGGAGAAGACGGACCAACCCAUCAGCCCGUUGAGCACUUGGCUAGCUUCCGCGCGAUGCCCAACACUCUCAUGUUCCGUCCCGCUGAUGGAAACGAAACAGCCGGUGCGUACAAGAUCGCUGUCACCAAGCGCAAGACACCGUCUAUCUUGGCUCUGUCUAGACAAAAGCUUCCUCAGCUUCCGGGGACAUCCAUCGAAGGAGUUGAGAAGGGUGGAUACACGAUCUCUGACAACUCGUCUGGAAACAAACCUGAUGUGAUCUUGGUUGGAACUGGUUCAGAGCUUGAGAUUGCUGCUCAGGCUGCGGAGGUGCUGAGGAAAGAAGGCAAAACCGUGAGAGUUGUGUCUUUUGUCUGUUGGGAGCUGUUUGACGAGCAGACGGAUGAGUACAAGGAGAGUGUGUUGCCGUCUGGUGUGUCUGCUAGAGUUAGUAUUGAAGCGGCUUCGACUUUUGGAUGGGGGAAGAUUGUUGGAGGUGAAGGGAAGUCCAUUGGUAUUAAUUCGUUUGGGGCUAGUGCACCAGCUCCAUUACUCUACAAGGAGUUUGGUAUCACUGUUGAAGCUGUUGUUGAUGCGGCUAAGUCAUUCUUCUAAGUGACUUUACCAUUUCACAACAUUGUCUCACUACCUCAAAAUAAAGUGCAACAAGACGCAAAGAGACUCUUCGUUCUUUUUUUUUGUUUCUUGUAAUGCCGGUCAAGAUAGGUUUUGGGUUUGGGAAGAGGAGAAAGUAGAAGACAAUGUAAAACUCUCUAUGAUCAGUUCUGUAUUGUUGUUAUAUGCUUUGAGUUUCAGCUAAUUUUCACCUA